CUCCCUGCCUGGUUGUCACUGUUCCUGGUUUGGUGCAGAGUUCGGGUUCCUGCCCUUGUGGUACAUUUCAGUUCGUUUUACUUUCAGUUGCACUGUAUGAAGAUGGAGUCGUUUCUCCUUACUGUACUCCUCGUGGCAGCUGGCGCCAGUGCGAACCUAAUUCGAGUUCCUUUGAAAAGGAGUCAGCCUCACCAGCUCGAUGACUUCCACCCGAAGCUUCUUGGAAUCGAGGAUUCUGAACCCAACCACGGAGAGGAUCUGGUGAAUUACAUUGACGCGCAAUACUAUGGGUCAAUAAGCGUUGGCGAACCAAAGCAGAACUUCACUGUCCUUUUCGACACUGGCUCGUCCAACCUGUGGCUGCCAUCGUCCCAGUGUGAUCCGACACAGAAAAGCUGUGUCAACAAAGCUCAUUUUGACGGCGCUAAGUCAACUACAUACCAUAAGAAUGGCAGCAGCUUCCAAGUUUUCUACGGGAAAGGUGCUGUAAAAGGAUUCCUUGGCCAGGACAAUGUCGAGGUGGCUGGCUAUACCGUCGAAGGACAACUCUUUGGAGAAAUCACCUUCUUCCCAGGCGAUGCAAUAAAAACUUACAAAUCUGACGGGUUCUUGGGCAUGGCUUUUCAGCAACUCGCUGACGACAAUGUCACUCCUUUCUUCAUGAAUUUGAUGAAAUCAGGAGCUAUCAAGAAUGGUUCGUUUGCUUUCUACCUCAAUGAUGACGAUAGCAGCUCAGCCGCCAGUGAACUUGUCCUUGGUGGAACGGACCCUAAUCACUACACCGGAGAUUUCCACUAUGUCCCUGCCAUCGGUGACAGGUGGUGGAUGUUUAACAUGAGCGGUGUUUCAGUUCAGGAUGUACAUGCAUGUCAGAAUGGCUGCUCUGCAAUUGCAGACACUGGCACUACAUUUAUCGAAGGACCAAUGAGUGAAGUUGAACAAAUCAACAAACGUAUCGGUGCCUAUCUUGAUAAGAGGAUACAUAAUAUGUGGAGGGUGAACUGCAGCACGCUUUCAACCUUGCCAGAUGUGGUCUUCAACAUAGCCGGCAAGAAAUUCAUCCUCGCUCCCCAGCAAUAUAUCUGGCAGGUCUUUGACACUGUAUGCUUCUCCGGAUUCAAGGGUGCGUUCACUUCAAAUUACGACUGGACGCUAGGCGAUGUAUUCCUGCGUGCAUACUAUACACAGUUUGACAUGGAGAAUAGGCGAAUUGGCUUUGCCCAAGCUCGGUUGCCUCCUACAAAGUGUAGGGAGCGAAGUGUUUUUUUGCAGUCGCUCGCUUUGGGCCUCGCAACUUCUGCUGUGAAGAUGAAGGCGUUCUUCAUUUUGUUGGCUCUUGUGGCCACUGGCACUUAUGCCAAGCUAGUUCGUAUACCUUUGAAAAGAAGUGAGCCUCGCGCGGUUUCCCACCUCUAUCGGGAAUAUCUGGCAGGGAAUGGCUCGCACACCAGCGAACUCCUCCGAAACGUUAUGGAUCUGAGCUACUAUGGACCAAUCAGCAUUGGCAAUCCCAAGGUGACCUACAACGUCAUUUUCGAUACCGGCUCAUCCAACCUGUGGGUGCCAUCUAGCAAGUGUGACAUGAGUCAGAAGAGUUGCACCGAGCAUACCCGAUACGAUAGCAGCAAAUCUUCCACUUACCAGCCCGAUGGCCGUCCGUUUCACAUCAAUUACGGAUCAGGUUCGCUGAAGGGUUUCCUCAGCAAGGACAAUGUGGAGGUCUCAGGCUAUACUGUCCAAGGCCAGGUCUUUGGAGAGACAACCUACUUUGUGAGUGAUAUGUUCGCCCACAGCCAAGCUGACGGUCUCCUGGGCUUGGCUUUCAAGAUGAUCUCUGCCGAUCAUGUCACCCCCUUCUUCAGAAAUCUCAUCAAUUCCGGUGCCGUCCAGAAUGGCUCUUUUGCAUUCUACUUGGCCAACGAUGGUGACAGUACAUCUGGUGGUGAACUGCUGCUCGGUGGCACCGACCCUGCUCACUACACUGGUACAUUCAACUAUGUUAACCUGAUCAGCGAGUCCUGGUGGUUGUUCAACAUGGCAGGGGGCUCAUUUGGAAGUACUCCAAUUUGCCAAGGUGGCUGCACUGCCAUUGCCGACACUGGCACGUCCAUGAUCGUCGGACCCCAGCAAGACGUUUCUGCCAUCUUGCAGGCCAUCAAUGCCUAUCCAGCCCAAGGGGUCUACAUGGUGAGCUGCGACAGCAUACCUAGCAUGCCAGCACUGGUCUUUACUAUUGCUGGUGUCAAACACACCCUCUCUCCCAACCAGUAUAUCAUCAAGAUCCAGUCGCAGUGUCUUGCUGGCUUCGCAGGCAUGACAUCUGGUCCCGGCUCUCCCCAGUGGAUUCUUGGUGAUCCUUUCCUGCGUACGUACUACACCGAGUUCGACAUGGCCAACCAGCGUCUUGGCUUUGCUCGUGCCCGUUAGGUGCCUCAUGGCAUGCAUAACAAUAAUAGUGCAUUUCUUUGACCCGUCGAUGUUCUCCUCUUUUCUUCUGUAGAGUUAAUAUCACAUAUCUUAUGUGAAUACUGUCUACAGGUAUAUAGAUGAGCUAUAUUGUACGGUUCUUGUUUUAACGGUUGGUAGCUUCCAGUACAUGCCGUCGUACCCGGAUAACCUUGUCCAGGGCGAGAAUAUUCUCUUUACAAACUCCUACUACUCGUCAUUCCCAGUUUUUUUACAUUGCUAAAUUUCUGCCGUAGAAAUGACGUUUUUAUUUUUAAAAGGGUUUGUACUCUCUGUAAUAUUUUGGGCUUCUUCGUCAGGGCUGAUCUUUAA